UCGGGAGAGGAGCGAACGCAACGAAACCUGGAGUGGUCAGAAUCCACACGUGUGUAACCUGCAAUGUUGUUGGGAUACACAUUGCAUAGGUUCUUGGUUAUCUCCGUUUAAUAUUUACACGCCUUACCAUUCCUGGAGCUUCAGCUGUGAAAUCUACAAAAACUUUUAAUCAGUUGUAACCUGACUGUUGCGGACGACGACUUUAUCUAGUUCCCAGGUGAUUUGUGUAUAGCUAACGUUAGCCGGGUAACGUGGCUAUUUAGCUGGUUCUGUAUUUUCGUACAGGAGCCUACCUGUCUCUUACAACUCUCAAAAUGUUGUCAGACUUUGGUCUUAUUGGUACCAUACAUGACGACGACGAAAUACCUGAUGAACCAGAGUCGGAGUCGGACGGAGAAACUGAACAGCCUAUUGUGUUAGCACGCGAGAAGAAAGCUUUGAAAGGACAUAGUAAGGAGUUCAAUGCAGACUUCGAGUUCGGAGAACGAGAUGGACUGUACAGUGAAGACUGGGCCAUGGCAGAUGUCAUGGCUCAGCUCAAGAAAAGGAGGGCACCUACCACACUUGAUGAGAAAAUAGAAAAAGUGCGCAAGAAAAGGAAAACAGAGGAGAAAGCUUUGAAAGAGGGGAAGACAUCUCAGGCGGAGGAUUCUGUUGUGAAAGAGGAAGAUGAUGAUGAUGGUGGUGAGGAGGAAGAAGAAGAAGAUGGUGAUGAUGCCAAUGAGGCUGAUGAUAAAGAUGACGAGGACAAAGACGCAGAAGCAUCAGAUGAUGAUGAUGAUGAUGAUGAUGAGGAAGAGUUCUCCUCAGCAGAUGAAGAGGUCCUCAAAAAAGCAGAUACCGUGAGAGAGAAGGGUUCCAAAGGCAAGAAGAAGGCUAAUGAGGCCCCUGAGGCAUUUUUCGAGGACGCCUCAAACUACGAUGACACUCUGACCUUCCAGGAUAUGAACCUGUCCAGACCUAUACUGAAGGCCAUCACCACCAUGGGCUUCAAGCAGCCCACCCCUAUCCAGAAGGCCUGUGUGCCCAUUGGCCUGCUGGGCAAGGACAUCUGUGCCUGUGCUGCCACUGGCACCGGUAAGACUGCCGCGUUCAUGCUGCCAGUGCUGGAGCGACUCAUCUACAAGCCCAAGCAGACCCAGGUGACGCGUGUGCUGGUGCUGGUGCCAACGCGAGAGCUUGGCAUCCAGGUCCACUCUGUGGCACGCCAGCUGGCGCAGUUCACCAAUGUCUCCACCUGCCUUGCUGUGGGCGGCUUGGAUCUGAAGUCCCAGGAGGCGGCUCUGCGCGCGGGGCCCGAUGUCCUCAUUGCCACCCCGGGCCGCCUGAUCGACCACUUGCACAACACACCCUCCUUCGAGCUCAGCCAGAUCGAGAUCCUCAUCCUGGACGAGGCUGACAGGAUGUUGGAUGAGUACUUUGAAGAGCAGAUGAAGGAGAUUAUCAGGAUGUGUGCUUACCAGAGGCAGACCAUGCUAUUCUCCGCCACCAUGAGUGAAGAGGUGAAGGACCUUGCCUCAGUCUCGCUGAAACAGCCGGUGCGUAUCUUCGUGAACAGCAACACGGACGUGGCGCCCUACCUCAGGCAGGAGUUUGUGAGGAUCAGGCCAGCCAGAGAGGGUGAUCGGGAGGCCAUCGUGGCAGCCUUGCUGACGAGGACGUUCCAGGACCAUGUGAUGCUGUUCACCCAGACCAAGAAGCAGGCCCACCGCAUGCACAUCCUGCUGGGCCUUAUGGGCCUCAAGGUGGGGGAGCUGCACGGAAACCUCUCCCAGACACAGCGACUCGAGAGUCUCAGGCGGUUUAAAGAUGAACAGAUUGACAUCUUGGUGGCCACAGACGUAGCUGCAAGAGGUCUGGACAUUGAAGGAGUUAAAACGGUCAUAAACUUCACCAUGCCCAACACCGUGAAGCACUACGUGCACAGAGUGGGGCGAACGGCGCGCGCUGGGAAAGUGGGCCGCUCCGUGUCCCUUGUGGGAGAGGCGGAGAGGAAGAUGCUGAAGGAGAUUGUGAAGAAGGCCAAGACUGCCGUCAAGGCCCGCGUGCUUCCUCAAGAGGUGAUCCUGAAGUUCAGGGACCUGAUUGAGAAGCUGGAGAAGGACGUGUAUGCCGUCAUGCGACUGGAGAGAGAGGAGCGAGAAAUGGCCCACUCAGAGGCACAGAUCAACUCGGCCCAGAAGAAACUGAACCAAAAUGGAGAAGACACCGAGCUGCCCAGGACCUGGUUCCAGACCAACCAGGAGCGCAAGCAGGACCGCAUGACUAAAGCGCUGCAGGACUUCGACUUGGCCCUGAGAGGCAAGAAAAAGCGGGCGCAGUUCUUGAAGGAUGGCAAAAAGAAAGAACUCACGCCGGAAGACAGGGCUCAGUUUGAGAUCUUGAAGUCUCAGAUGUUCGCGGAGAGGGCCGCCAAACGUGACCGACGACCCAAGAGAGCCCGUGCCGUGCCUGAAGAUGAGCCCGUACAAAAAGCUAAAAAGAAGGGUGGUGGUAAAUCUGGAGCGAAGUCGAUGUUCGAUAAGGAGUUGACCAACACCAGCAAGAAGGCCCUGAAACAGUACAGAGCUGGGCCAUCCUUUGAAGACAAGAAAAGACUUGGGUUGUCAACAAAGAAAGGAGGGCACUUCAAGUCCAAAACAAGAUACAAGAGGAAGUAGAGGCAUCCUGUUUUGCUUCAAGGUGGAGAAAAUGAAAUGGAAACUGAAAGUUUUGGAGCAGAGCAAGAUGGGCCCUCAGCUUGGGAUGGCCAAGAUGUUUCCGUGUUCUGUUAUAAUGCUGUAAUGUUUUGUUAAUAUAUCAUGAUGGCUGUGCUCUGUGUACAGCUUCUUCAUUGAACUGUUAAUAAUGAUGCAUAAAGUCACAUGUAAAUGACAUCAUGGACUCUAUAUCUUUCUUAUACAAUUGUAUCUGUAUCAAUGUAUCUGUUGCAACAGUGGGAUGUGGCAUGUUUUCUAAUGACAUGUAAAUAAAGACAGCACAGUGUCAUGUUUA